AUGGCUACGACCAGACUACGACUGACUUUGUCUCUCCUGGUCUUCCUCGCUCUGCAUUGCUCGCCUGUACACAGCCAUGGUAGACUGUACGAACCGCCAGGUCGAUCCACUGCUUUUAGGAGGGGAUUUAACACCCCGGCGAACUACGACGACAUGAGCCUGAACUGUGGCGGAUUUGAUAACCAAUGGAACGUACAAGGCGGAAAGUGUGGCGUAUGUGGCGACCCCUGGCAAGGUCCUCGUGAAAACGAGGCUGGAGGGCUUUACGCCACGGGGACCUUAGUGCGGCAGUAUACAAUGGGAGAGUAUAUGCCAAUCGUAAUAGAAAUUACAGCACCGCAUAAAGGGUGGUAUGAAUUUAGACUUUGCCCACACAACGAUCCCAACACCCCCGUCAGCGUGGAGUGCCUGGACCAAUAUAAACUUCCUUUAUACCUGCAUGCUAACGGGACGACUGUCAACCGUUACCAGAGUUUGGAUGAAACAAACAGCGCCUGGGUAGGGGGCAAGGUGUACCUACUGGCCAAACUGCCUGAUUACGUCACCUGUACACAGUGUGUGCUGCAGUGGAAAUGGCACACCGGGAACAGUUGGGGUACAGACCCUGAUGGGACCUCUUGUGUGGGCUGCGGUCCACAGGAAGAGUUCUACGGCUGCGCAGAUAUUGCUAUCUAUCCACCUGGGCAAGGGAUAGGAGGAGUCACGUUGCCUGCU